UAUAUUUGUAUGUAUUCACUCACUGGAGAGCGAGGGAGGCUGUGGGCGUGAUAUUGGUUGCAGCACCCGGGCCGACCGCCGGCACCACGUUAUAAUUUCAUUCAAACAAUAAUUCCCAUCAAAUGCUUAAUGGAAACUGUGUUUUAACUUUAUAAGAUUUAGUGCCGGUACGACGUUCGAACGGUUCGCUGGCUCUACGUUAGUAUAAAGCCGUAGUGUGUUAAAACCGGUAAAAAUACCAAAAAAUAUAAUUUUUAGUGUUCAAUUGUGAUUUAAAUAAAUUGUGAGAAUGAUGUCGGAGGGCUUAGAAUACGAGACCAUUGUGCAGAAUGGACCAAGAAAAGUGACAAUGACGACCGGGCUGGACAGGGACACAAUACGGGCCGCCUACGAGGACGUGCGAUCCGACACAACGCCUACUGAAUGGGCGGUGUUCAAAUUCGACGGCGCCCGCAUCGUGUGCUCGGCGCGGGGCUCAGACUUCACGGAGUUUCGCACGCAGUUCUCAGACGACGACCGCGCCUUUGGAUAUCUCAGGUUGCAAAUGGGCGACGAGAUGUCGAAACGCAAGAAGUUCCUGUUCGUCACGUGGGUGGGGCCCAACGUGUCGGUCAUCAACCGCGCCAAGAUGUCCACCGACAAAGCCAUUAUUAAGGACAUCAUCUCUAAUUUUGCAGUAGAGUUACAGUUGGAAAAUCAAUCCGAAAUAGACAUCGAUCAAUUCAAAGAUGCCCUGAACAGGGCGGGAGGAGCAAACUACGGGACUGGGGUCAGGGAUUUAUGAAUUGCACAAUAACAUAUCCGCCUAUAUCCAAACAUAUCAGCGCUUUGAUUUUAAAACAGCCCUCUUCUACUUAGCCAUAGAGCUCUUAGUGGAAGAUAGCUACACUUAAAAUCAAAGUUAUGAUAACUUUUUUAAUGAUUAGGCCAUCAUCAGGCCCAAAAUUGAUUUUUCUAUAAGUAGGAAUGUGCUUUUUAUUUUAAAUUUUUAUACUGGUGUGAUUAAGUUCAGCAUUAGUCAUUUUAUCCUGUUUUGGUCGAAAAGAAACCUAUUUAUUUUUUUACUAAAUUGAUAUUCGAACUUAUUUUUUUUUAUUUAGGGAAAUUGAAAAAUUUCAAUAAUUUAUUUUUUUAAAGUCAUUGUGCAAUUAUUAUACUCGAUAAUGUAACGUAAGGAUUUGCCAAAAAAUCUUAAGUGAAUGUUGCCAUGUAUAGGGCGCGUUAAGUGCAUUUAUUUUUUUGUCUACCUGUAUUUUACUGUGACGAAAUUUUACAAUGUAUUGUAUACAAAUGAAUUUGGAUUUAAACUGGCUUUUAUAUACAUUGUCUAGUGUUUAUUACCCAGCAUUAUUGGUAAACGAAUUGAAGUAAAUACAUACAUUAACCAAACGAC